CUAGCUUAUAUAGGAGGGUGGCCCCUCCCCCUCGCCAGUGGCUGACAACAUGGUGGUCAACUUCAAAGUGUUCAAGAAAGUCUCUCCGAAUGGGAAGCUCACUCUGUAUCUCGGAAAACGAGAUUUUGUGGAUCAUAUCACUAGUGUUGAACCUAUUGACGGAGUGAUAGUGGUGGACGAUGAUUAUCUCAAAGACCGGAAAGUAUUUGGUCAGGUGGUCUGUAGCUUCCGCUACGGUCGCGAGGAGGAUGAAGUCAUGGGACUCAACUUUCAGAAAGAUCUAUACCUCGCUUCAGAGCAAAUUUAUCCGCCUCCAGAGAAGCGUGAAGAAAACCUUACCAAGCUGCAAGAGCGGCUGAUGAAGAAGCUUGGCCCGAACGCAUUUCCCUUCACUUUCACAAUCUCUCCGAGUGCACCGUCUUCAGUGGUUCUGCAGCCGGGGAUAGAGGACAAUGGGGAACCAUGUGGUGUUCAGUACUAUGUCAAGACAUUUGUCGGAGAGAACGAGACAGAUCGCUCCCAUCGCAGAAGUACAGUGGCUCUUGCAUUCCGCAAGGUACAAUAUGCACCAUCAAAGCAGGGUCGCCAACCUUGCACUGUUGUACGCAAGGACUUCCUCCUCAGCCCCGGAGAGUUAGAGCUGGAAGUUACACUGGACAAGCAGUUGUACCACCACGGGGAGAAGAUAGCUGUGAAUGUUUGUAUUCGCAACAACAGUAACAAAGUAGUGAAGAAAAUAAAGGCCAUGGUGCAACAAGGGAUAGACGUAGUGCUGUUCCAGAACGGCCAGUACCGUUCAGCAGUUGCUAGCCUGGAAACUCAGGAAGGUUGUCCCAUUCAGCCAGGAUCCUCGCUACAGAAGGUGAUAUACCUGACACCCAUCCUGGAGUCCAACAAGGAUCGCCGCGGCAUCGCUGUUGAUGGCAGACUCAAGAGUGAGGACACAAACCUUGCGUCGUCUACAUUACUGGCGUCCGCAGACCACAAGGAUGCAUUCGGAAUCGUGGUUUCAUAUUCAGUCAAGGUGAAGCUCUUCCUAGGUGCUCUUGGUGGGGAGGUAACAGCUGAGCUACCCUUCAUCCUCAUGCACCCCAAGCCUGGAGCUGCGAAGAGCAAUUUGCUAACAGUGGAUAACCAAGCAAAUGUUGAGGCUCUCCAAGAGGAAGAACCAGCUGUCUGAGGAUUCAACACUUCUCUGGCUGAUCUGUCAGUAAACCAUUUGUUGGUUGAUAUAAGAUGUUUCCUUUGGUCUAAAAGUGGACCAAAUAAAACUGCAUACUUUCAGAAUUAUACAUUGCAUACAUUACCAUUCAAUUCACUUAUUGUUUCAAAUAAUGCUUAAAAUGCAGAAACCUUAAUUAAACUUUAUUAAAAUCUGUAUUUUUAGUUUUAUCUUAAGUUGGUAAAUAAAGUAAAUAUUAUCAUAAGGAUCAUAUUGAUGUAACUAUACAACUGGCCAUUUGUACUGUUGCAAUAACUAAUAAACUCUUUAUUUUAUCAA